AACGACGUCGAGAUCGCGGUGAUGGACGCGACCGAUAACGAAAAGUGGGGCCCGCACGGCGCGGACCUCAAGAAGAUCGCGAAUCUCACGCGCGAUCGCGAGAACUUGCACUACGUCAUGAAGACGCUUCGCAGGCGCUUAGAGCACCGCGACGAGGAGUGGCGCCACGUCUACAAGGCGUUGACGGUGAUGGAGUACCUCGUCGCGCACGGCGCGGAGGACUGCGUGCGCGAGCUGCGAAGGGACGCGCGCGAUCUCGAGCGACUGUCGGGCUUCAAGUAUAAAGAGCCGAACGGACGCGACCAGGGGAUCAACGUCCGGCAGAAGUCGCAGACGAUCGUCACGGUG